AUGGUGGAAGCACCAAGUUUUCGGAUGAUAUGUGUAGCUGUGAUCACUUCAAUAGCAGGAUCAUUUCACUUUGGAUUCAACCUAGUUCUUACAAAUCCAUCACAAGAGGCAUUUUUGGAAUUUAUGAAUAAAACAUUGGCAAAACGAUUCGAUGGUGGUUUAUCAGAUAACACUAUGCAGAAUAUUUGGAGUUUUGUUGUCGCUAUUCUUUUCUUGGGAGCACUAGUUGGAUCGUUUUCGAUUCGAUUCAUAGCUGAUUGGGUUGGAAGAAAAAAUGGAUUAUAUAUUUCAAUCGCUGCCGGAGUUUUAGCAGGAGGAAUGGCAAUUGCGUCAAAGUUUAUACCACUAUUCGAACUGUACAUUGUCUCCAGAAUCGUAAUGGGAUGGUCGGUUUCUGUCAGUCUAGGUCUCUCCGCAUUAUUUCUCUCGGAAGCAAGUCCAAAACAAAAUAGAGGAGCAAUUGGAAUGAUGACUGGAACAUGUGUUCAACUAGGAACUGUUUGUGGAUCCGUUGUCGCCAUGCCACAAAUCUUUGGAACAGAAGAUUUAUGGUGGCUUAUCUAUGCUACAGAAAUUGGAAUUAUGUUGUGCUUCGGUGCUGCUCUUCCAUUUUUCCCAGAAUCUCCGGGAUUCUUGAUCCAAAGAGGAGCAACUGAAGCUGCAACCAAAUCAAUUGCCUUUUUCUACAACUGUGACAUUAUUGAUGCUCAGAAACAUUUGAACGAAAUCAAAGAAGAACAGAAAAAUUCAACAAAAAAAUUCAAAAUGAUGGAUGUUGUUAUAAAGAAGUCGCUUCGAGACAAAGCAUUUAUCGGAGUCGUUGUUACUUUUGCAAUGUCAUUCAGUGGUGUUGCUGUAAUUAAUGCAUUUGCAUUCGAAAUUUUGAAGGAUACAGGACUCGAUGUGCUGGAAGCUUCUCUAGCAAAUGACGCGAUUUCUGUAGUGAGCAUGAUAUCAUCAGUUGUGGCUGCAGUAAUUGUUGAUAGAAAUGGUCGUCGUCCGUUGCUCCUAAUUUCUUUCACAGGAAUUCUCAUAUGUAACUUGAUUAUUUUUGGAUUGAUGUUCACAUUCUACAAGUUUGGGUACCACGUACUCGGAUUCAUUUUGAUCUGUUUCAUUUGCAUUUUCACAUUCUUUUUUGCACUUGGACCUGGACCACUUUGCUACUUCAUCAAUGCGGAAUUGGUCGGACAAGCUGCCCGAAGUGCUGCUCAAAGUUGGGCUAGUGUUAUCCAGAUGCUUUCUCGAUUUGUCAUUGUAACCGCUUUUCUUCCGAUGAAAAAUCAACUAGGAGAAGCUUGGUCAUAUCUGAUUCUUUUUGUGGCUCCCGUUGCUGUCUCACUGGUUUAUCUCUAUUUUUCAUUGCCUGAAACUAAAAAUAAGAAUCCGUUUGAGGUCGAAGAAGCUAUCGAGGAUUUGCCGAAAUUCCCGCUUUGUGGACGAAGUCGACGUGUGCAGGAUCGAAAAAUUUCAGAACAAAUGGUGAUUACAAGACAAAUACAACUGGUAGAAGAUUACGGAUCAAUAGAAUCUUUAUCGUAUCGACUUUAG